AUGAGACUCGUAAGCUUUCUUUCACUUUUCCUGGCGUUUUUUACGCUACAGUUUGCUACUGCAGACCCCUCGCAUACCAAUAAUUGGGCCGUUUUGGUAUGCACAUCUCGAUUUUGGUUCAAUUAUCGACACAUGGCUAAUGUCCUCAGCAUGUACAGGACGGUUAAACGACUGGGAAUACCAGAUUCACAGAUUAUUUUGAUGUUGAGUGACGACGUAGCAUGUAAUUCCAGGAACCUGUUUCCUGGAAGCGUGUUCAACAACCAAGAUCGAGCUCUUGAUCUUUACGGAGAAUCGGUUGAGGUAGAUUACAAAGGCUACGAAGUGACAGUGGAAAACUUCAUUCGACUGUUGACAGAUCGUUGGGGUGAAGAACAGCCCAAAUCCAAACGUCUACUGACUGAUGAGAAUUCCAACAUUUUUAUUUACAUGACAGGACAUGGUGGAGCCGACUUUUUGAAAUUCCAAGACGCGGAGGAGAUUGCAUCGCAAGAUAUUGCAGAUGCGUUUGCGCAGAUGCACGAAAAGAAGCGGUACAAUGAGAUUUUCUUCAUGAUUGACACAUGCCAGGCCAAUACCAUGUAUUCGAAAUUUUACUCACCGAACGUACUAGCAGUGGGAUCCAGCAAACUAGACGAAAGCUCGUACUCGCAUCAUUCCGACGUUGAGGUUGGCGUUGCUGUCAUCGAUAGAUUCACUUAUUACACACUUGACUUUAUGGAGAACAUUGCGAAGAAUUCUUCGUUGUCUUUACAGGAUCUGUUUGAUUCUUAUACUUUCGAGAAAGUACACUCCCACGUUGGUGUUAGAACCGAUCUUUACAAAAGAGAUCCAUCCGAAGUGCUGGUCACUGAUUUUUUCGGAAGCGUCAAGCACAUCGUCAAAGAUACACACAACCAAGAAAACGACUUCCGUGCUUUUUACGGGAGCACUGACGGACAAGACAAUUAUGCCGAGCAUAUUGUCAAUCUAGCGAUAGACAAAUCGAAGAAUAGCCCGUCGGAAAGUCCAAAAGUAGCAUCCGUCGGCAAAGCGAAUUUGAUGAAAUCAGAGAAAAGUGUUGUGACAUUUGACAAAUCCAAAGGAAAUAACAUGUGGACAGCAGCUGUACCGUUCAGUCUCCUUAUUGCCGCUUUUGCACUAGCAAUGGGCACAAAGGGUCAGAAAAAUGUGUAA